GCCGGCUUGUGCCACACCCCCUUCUCCUCGGUGCGGUGGUACGAUCCGGGGGAUACUGUUAUAGCAACACCGAGCCUGAGCGGCUACAGAAUCACCCCGUCAGCCUCAUUGGGUUCAACUGCGGCUAAACGCAGCGCGCCGGGCUCCCCGUCUCUCCGUCACACGCACACGCGCGCGCGCACCCACCGCGCGCGGAGCUGGCUCUCGCACAUACAGCCAUCUGCAAGGAGAUCCCUUCCCCAUCCGCUUCCAUCGCUUCCUCGUCCUCUAUCGGCAUCUGAGCGCGGGCAGCAUCAGCAUCAGCACCACCGCCUCAGAGCGGCGGCAGGACUCGCAUCCGCGUUUUACGCAGGAGCGCCGCGUCCAAAGUCAGAUUCCUUCAGGGGAUUGGACCGUCUCCAGCAUUUGCGGGCUGCUCACAGCACAGAAUCGGACUAAAGACAUGGCUCUACGUCGGAAAGACUCUGUGCAGUGGCUCUGCUGAGUGAAUAAGUGAAGCCCUACAAACCAUGGAGGAGAUGGACAGCAAACCCUACCAGCCGCUUUCCAAGGGGCGUCAUGAAAUGGAGAUGUCCUACACGAGUUCGUCCGACGAGAGCGAGGACGGGCGCACUCACCACCGCUCCUACACUUCGCGCGAAACCCUCCCGGACUACACGAACGAGCUGCGCCUCACCCUCGGGUCGCACCGGGAAAGACAGAGCAACUACAGCCAGCCCCAUCCAGAUCUAGACUACUGUAAUGCUGGGCAGAUGAGGAGCCCAGAUUAUCUGAUCCACCAACAGCAGCCGCCGCCGCAGCAGCAGCAUCAGCAGGAGGAGGAAGAGGAGGCGCUCUGCUCUGGACCGGCAGCUCACGUGCACAGCCGGGCCUACUCCCUCGGCGUGGGCUCUGAUGUGGACACGGAGCCGGAGGUGGAGCCCUCCCCUGCUCACGGUCUUCAGCACAUGUGGAUGCGUGGCCUGAAGUCGGAGCAGAGCUCCUGUCUCACCAGCCGUGCCAACUCCGCCCUCUCCCUCACAGACACCGAGCAUGACAGAAAAUCCGAGCCUGACAACGAGCUGCCCAGCAGUCCUGGUGGCCAGUUCACGUUCCGCCCUCUGCCCCCGCCUCCCCCGCCGCCCCACGCCUGCACUUGCGCUCGCCCGGCACCCUACACUCAGGUCAGCCUGCAGAGGAAGACCAUGCCAACGCGGUGCCAAGCCAGCCAGGGCAGCCAGGGGGCAGACACUGGCUCGAGCACGGACCAGGCUCAGCUUCACAACAGCUGGGUGCUCAACAGCAACAUCCCCUUGGAGACCAGACACUUCCUGUUCAAGCAGGGGUCCGGUUCGUCGGCUCUGCUCUCAGGGGCGGGGCAGGGAUACCCCUUGACCUCCGGGACGGUGUAUUCCCCGCCACCGCGGCCUCUUCCGCGAAGCAGUGUGACCAGACCGCUGUUCACCUUCAACAAGCCUCACCGCUGCUGCAACUGGAAGUGCACAGCGCUGUCUGCAUCACUCCUCACUCUCACACUGGCUCUGCUGCUCACAUAUGUCAUCGCCGUCCACCUGUUAGGUCUGACCUGGCAUCUGCGGCACGAUGAGAGCCAGCUGUACGAAAACGGCCUGAGCUCAGCGGACCAUCAGCAGGAAGACCAAGGCAGAAGCAGUCCGACCAGCUCCGUCCACCUGCUGGACACACUCAACCCUGAAAACACGUACGGCGGGGACAGAGAGAAGUGGGUGAGAGGCCGCGCCAUUGACCGCGGUGAGGUGGACAUCGGAACGCAGCAGAGUCAGGCUAUUCCGCCAGGACUUUUCUGGAGGUUUCAUAUGACUGUUCACCAUCCCACCUACGUCAAGUUCAAUCUCUCCCUGACACACAACGCACUGCUGGGAGUCUACGGACGCAGGAACAUCCCGCCUACACACACUCAGUUUGACUUCGUGAAACUGCUGGAUGGAAAAGCCCUUCCCAGGUCCUUGACCGAUCCUGUCUCAAAUGCCAAAGCACCCAAAGGUUUGCUGCUGAACGGCCUGCAAGAAACCGGCUUCAUCGAGUAUAUGGACCCUGGAACCUGGCACCUUGCUCUCUACAACGAUGGACGAAACCUGGAGCAAGUGUUACUCCAAAGCUCCCCUAUAGACUCGAUGGAUGGCUGUUCUUCAGACUGUAAUGGAAAUGGAGAGUGUGUGGCCGGACAUUGCCACUGCUUUGCCGGCUUCUUGGGUCCCGAAUGUGCCAAAGAUUCAUGCCCAGUGCUGUGCAGCGGCAACGGCUUGUACGAGAAAGGAAAGUGCGCCUGUCUGGCUGGGUGGAAGGGGGCCGAGUGUAACGUGGAGGAGGAUCAGUGCAUCGACCCCACCUGCUCCAACCAUGGCACAUGCAUCCAGGGCGUCUGCAUCUGCAGUCCCGCCUACAAGGGAGUUAACUGUGAGCAAGUGGACUGCAUGGACCCUCAGUGCGGCGGGCACGGCGUGUGCGUGCGCGGGGAGUGCGUGUGCUCGGCCGGGUGGGCCGGUCCGAACUGCGAUGAGCCGCUGCCGGCCUGCCAGGAACAGUGUUCGGGACAUGGAACCUAUCUGCCAGAGUCAGACUCCUGCGCCUGCCAGCCAAACUGGACAGGACCGGACUGCUACACCGAGCUGUGCCCGGUGCCAUGUGGAAGCCACGGCGUUUGCUCAGAGGGCCAGUGCCAGUGCGAGGAGGGCUGGACCGGCGCUGCGUGUGACCAGAGAGCAUGCCAUCCUCGCUGCGAAGAACACGGCCAGUGUCACGACGGGACCUGCAUCUGCCAGCCUGGAUGGGAGGGAGAGCACUGCAACAUUGUCACCCAUGAUUUGGAUGUCGUAGUAAAAGACGGGUGCCCAGGGUUGUGCAGCGGGCAUGGACGCUGUACCCUGGAGCAGAAUGGCUGGCGCUGCAUCUGCCAGCCUGGAUGGAGCGGGCCUGGAUGCAGCGUUGUCAUGGAAACUGACUGCAGCGAUGGAACCGACAAUGACGGAGAUGGCCUGAUGGACUGCGUUGAUCCAGAUUGUUGCGAGCAGCUGAGCUGCAGCUCCGACCCCUUGUGUCACGGUUCGGCCGACCCGCUGGCCCUGCUGCAGCAAAGCCCGCUGCCCUCCAACGGCCCCCCUGCGUCCGCCGGCACGCACGCCCACGGCUUCUACAGCCGCAUACACUUCCUCCUCGGCAAGGCGGCCACACACACUCUCCCAGGAGAUGUGCCCUUUGAUACCAGCCGGGUGGCUGUGAUUCGAGGCAGCGUGGUGCUGCAGGAUGGCUCUCCUCUGGUCGGGGUCAACGUCACCUUCCCACAGCAUCCUGAGUACGGUUACACAAUCAGCAGACAGGAUGGGAGCUUUGACUUGGUGACCUUUGGUGCGAUGUCUGUGACCCUCAUGUUCCAGCGCCCGCCUUUCCUCCAACAAACGCGCACCAUCUGGACCCCCAACAACGACUUCCUGGUUCUGGAUCAGGUCACCAUGUCCAGAGAGGAGGCUCACGCUCCGAAAUGUGACAUUAAAAGUGUUCUGAGCCCCUAUCCAUUAGUCCUGCCCUACCCUCUUCCGAGAUACACGGGGGCUUGUCCAGAUAAGGGUCCAGCUGUGCCAGAACUACAGGCGGUUCAGGAGGAAGUUUCCAUCCCCGGAGCUUUUGUGAAACUCGACUACCUGAGCACCCGCGCUGCAGGUUACCUCUCCCUGCUGCGAAUCCUCCUCACACCUCCGUCUCCGUCAUCCCCCGUCUCCCCCCUGGGCGGCUUGUCGAAGGUUCACGUCCGUGCUUCUGUGCAAGGGAGGCUGUACCAGCGGUGGUAUCCGGCAGGGCCCGGUCUGGUUCACAGGCUGGUCUGGAACAAGACGGAUGUCUACGGGCAGGAGGUCCACGGCCUCACUUACGCAACUGUCUCAGUCGGCUAUGAGUACGAGUCGUGUCCCGGCGUCAUCCACUGGGAGAGGAGGACGGCGCUGAUGCAGGGAUUCGAACUGGUCCCGUCCCACCUGGGAGGAUGGUCUCUGGACAAGCAUCACGCCCUCAACAUCCAGAGUGGAAUCCUUCACAAAGGAAAUGGAGAAAACCUCUUCCUAUCCCAGCAGCCCCCGGUCAUCAGCACCGUCAUGGGGAACGGCUUCUACCGCAGCGUACCCUGCGGCCCCAGCUGCAACGGCCCGGCCCGGGACAUGAUGCUGUUCGCUCCCGUGGCUCUGGCCUGUGGCCCCGACGGCUCCCUCUACAUCGGAGACUUCAACUUCAUCCGCAGGGUCUAUCCUGACGGAUACACCCGGACCAUACUGGAACUGAAGAAUCGGGACACCAGACACAGCACCAGUCCUGCUCACAAGUACUAUCUGGCUAUGGAUCCCGUGGGGGAAGUCCUGUACGUGUCCGACACCAGCAGCCGAAGAGUUUACCGAGUCAGGAACCUCGGUCAGCCGAAAGAUCCAUCGCGCAACCUUGAGGUUGUAGCGGGGACAGGGGAGCAGUGUCUGCCUUUCGAUCAGAGCCACUGCGGAGAAGGAAGGAAGGCCACCGAAGCCGCACUCAAUAACCCCCGAGGUAUCGCCGUGGAUAAGAGAGGCGUUGUCUACUUCGUGGAUGGCACCACCAUUCAGAAGAUUAACGAGCGGGGUUUACUCUCCACCGUGAUUGGCUCAAACGGGCUAAUGUCGACGCAGCCGCUGAGCUGUGAUGCACGCAUGGACAUCAGCCAGGUGCGCUUGGAGUGGCCAACAGACCUCGCCAUUAACCCGCUGGACAACUCGCUCUACAUCCUGGACAACAACAUCGUCCUGCAGGUGUCAGAGAGUCUUCAGGUGCGCAUAGUCGCCGGGCGACCCAUUCACUGCCAGGUUCCAGGAAUCGACCAUCACCUGGUGAGCCGGGCUGCAGUGCGUGCCACCCUAGAGGCUGCAAAGGCCAUCGCCCUCUCACACCUGGGCACCCUGUUCAUCGCAGAGACGGAUGAGAGGCGAAUCAACCGCAUCCAACAGGUGUCAACCAAUGGAGAGAUAUCGAUCAUCUCUGGAGCCCCCACGGAGUGCGAUUGUAAGAUAGAUCCAAACUGUGACUGCUUCUCUGGGGACGGAGGCUACGCUCGCGAUGCCCGCCUCAAAGCUCCGUCUUCACUGGCUGUGGCGCCCAACGGGACCUUAUAUAUUGCUGAUCUCGGCAACAUUCGGAUCAGGGCUGUCUGUCCCAACCAGCCUCAGCCCAACCCAAAUGGGAUGGUGGAGAUCAGCUCCCCUCUGGAUCAGGAGCUCUAUCUCUUCAGCCAGAACGGCUCCCACAUGCACACCAAGCACCUCAUCACCGGCCACUACCUGUUCAACUUCUCCUACGGCACGGACGGCCUGCUGUCGGGGCUGACGUGUCAGGAUGGCCGCGGCCUCCAGGUGAGGCGAGACGCUCACGGCGUGCCGCUGUGGUUGGCCCUACCGGGAGGACAGGUGUACUGGCUGUCGCUUAGCAACAGCGGAACACUCAGGAAAGUGUCAGCCCAGGGCCACGACAUAGCUCACAUCACUUACCAUGGCAACACUGGUCUCCUAGCAACCAAGAGUGAUGAGAACAGUUGGACCACUGUUUAUGAGUACAACGGCGAGGGCCGGGUUACCAACAUCACCCUACCCACGGGUGAGGUGAGCGGUCUCCAUGGCAACCUGGAGCGCUGGUCGAGAGUUGAGGUUGAGGCAUCGAACCGUGAGAACUACGUUACGAGCACCAACCUGUCUGCUAGUGACACCAUCUACACGUUCAAGCAAGAUCACACUCAGAGCUCAUACAGGGUCAGCUCUGACGGAUCCUUCCUUGUGUCCUUGGCCAGCGGGAUGGAGCUGUCUCUGAGCACGGAGCCCCUCCUCCCGGGAAUCAUCGGAGGCGGAGUCAGCCCCACAGCCAGCCGCUGCAACAUCAGCCUGCCGGGAGACCACGCCCCCAGCCUGAUUGAGUGGCGACAGAGGAAGGAGCAGAGCAAGACUAACUAUAGCACCUACGAACGCAGACUUAGGGCUCAUAACAGAAACCUGCUGUCCAUCGAUUUCGAUCAGAGCACCCGAGUCGGAAAGAUCUACGACGACCACAGGAAGUUCACCCUCCACAUCCAGUACGACCUGCUGGGUCGGCCCGUCGUGUGGUCCCCCAACAGCAAAUACACCGAGGUGAACAUCAGCUAUUCCAGCGGCGGGCUGCUGUCCAGCAUCCACAGAGGAGAAUGGUCCGAGAGGCUGGAGUAUGAAAACGACAGGGUGGUGUCCAGAGCCUGGGUGAACGGCAAAAUCUGGAGCUACACGUAUGCAGACAAGUCCAUUAUGCUGCUGCUGCACAGCCAGCGGCGAUACGUCUUUGAGUACGACCAAACGGACCGGCUGAUUGCGGUGACCAUGCCCAGCAUGGUGAAGCACUCCCUGCAGUCGCUGCUGUCCAUCGGUUACUACAGGAACGUGUACACUCCUCCUGACAGCCAGGCCUCCUUCACGCAGGACUACGCUCUGGAUGGGCGGCUGUUGAGGACUCAGUAUUUGGGAACAGGACGCAGUAUCAUCUACAGAUACACAUCAGCAGCACGACUUUCGGAGGUGGUUUAUGACUCCACCCUGGUGACCUUCACUUAUGAUGAAGCCUCCGGUACCGUCAAGACUAUUCAUCUCACCCACAACGGCUUCAUAAGCUCCAUACGAUACAGACAGACGGGUCCGUUGACCAGUCGACAAAUCUUCCGCUUUAGCGAAGAGGGUUUGGUCAACGCCAGAUUUGAUUAUAGCUACAACAACUUCAGAGUAACCAGCAUGCAGGCGGUCAUCAACGAGACCCCUCUGCCCAUUGACCUUUACCGCAACGUUGACGUCUCUGGACUCGUUGAGCAGUUUGGCAAAUUCAACGUCAUUUACUAUGACCUCAACCAGGUGAUCACCACACAACUGAUGAAGCACACCAAGGUCUUCAAUUCCUACGGCCAGGUGGUAGAGGUCCAGUACGAGAUCCUAAAAUCCAUCGCCUACUGGAUGACCAUUCAGUACGACUCCGCUGGACGCACAACCACCUGUGACAUCAGGGUGGGCGUGGACAGCAAUGUGACACGCUACACAUACGAGUACGAUGCAGACAGCCAGUUGCAAAGUGCCUCCGUCAACGAGCGGCCUCAGUGGCGCUACAGUUACGACCUCAACGGGAAUAUCAACCUUCUUAGCCUUGGAAUGAGUGCUAGGCUCACGCCGCUCCGCUAUGACCAGAGAGACCGCAUCACUCAUCUCGGGGAGUUACAGUACAACGUGGACGAGGAUGGCUUUCUCCGCCAGCGAGCCAACGACCUUUUCGACUACAACUCAAACGGCCUGCUGACCCGUGUUUACAACCGCGUGACUCAGCGCACAGUUUGGUACCACUACGAUGGCCUGGGUCGGCGAGUGGCCACCAAGAGCAGCGAUGGGGGGCAGCUGCAGUUCUUUUAUGCUGAUCUUUCGCAGCCCACCCGGGUCAGUCACUUGUACAACCACAGCAGCAAUUUAAUCACCUCGCUGUACUACGACCUUCAGGGCCAUCUCAUCGCCAUGGAGCUGAGCAGCGGGGAGGAGUACUACGUGGCCUGCGACAGCGUGGGGAGUCCAAGGGCAGUGUUCUCCAGCAAGGGGAGACUAAUCAAAGAAAUCCUUUACACCCCCUAUGGGGAGGUUUAUCAGGACACAAACCCCAGCUUUCAGCUCGUCAUCGGCUUCCACGGAGGCUUGUACGAUACGGCCACACGAUUGGUCCACCUUGGCCGACGUGAUUACGACACACUCGCCGGUCGAUGGACUUCACCGAAUCACGAACUCUGGGAGGAUCUGAGCAAGGAGCCCAAACCAUUUAACUUGUACGCCUUUAAGAACAACUGUCCAGUCGGAAGAGUGGAGGAGGUGACGAAGUUUACCACAGGUGUCGGCAGCUGGCUGCAGCUGUUUGGCAUUAAGCUUCAUAAUGUGGUCCCUGGUUUCCCCAAGCCUGAAGUGGGCAAAAUGGAGCAAACGUACGAACUGAUGAACACUCAGACGAAGACUCAAGAUUGGGACUCCAGCAAGAUGGCGUUGGGGAUCCAGUGUGAACUGAGGAGGCAGCUGAGGAACUUCAUCUCUCUGGAGCGGUUACCUCUCGUCCCUGACUCUGUGGGCUCAACUUAUCACAGACCAUCCCACCCCCCUCCCUUUGGCUCGCGGCCCUCCAUUCUGGGCCCCAGCAUCCGCUUCGCCGUGUCCCACGGUCGAGUGAGCGCAGAAGUCAUAGGGGUGGCCAGCGAGGACAGCCGCCGUUUGGCGGCCAUUUUAAACGGUGCUAUCCAUCUCAGCGGGCUAAGCUUCACCGUGCAGGGCUGCGACACCCACCACUUCCUGCAGACGCGGCCCAUCGAGGAAGACCUCGCCCUGGGUUUGGGGGUCGGCGGACGCUUGCUGGAGGGGGGCGUGAACGUGAGCGUGUCUCAGAUGAGCUCCACGGUGAACGGCAGGACUCGACGUUUCGCCGACAUCACCCUCCAGCAGGGGGCGCUGUGCCUGUGCGUGCGCUACGGCGGGUCGGAGGAGGAGGAGCGGGCGCGCGUGAGGGAGGAGGCGCGCAAGAGGGCCGUGGACGCCGCUUGGGAGAAGGAGCGGCGGCGGCUGGAGGCGGGCGACGCGGGGAGCAGGGCGUGGAGCAAGGCGGAGAAGCAGCAGCUGCAAUCCACCGGGCGCGUUCAGGGCUACGACGGCUACUACUCCCUGCCGGUGGAGCAGCAGCUGGAGCUGUCCGACUCCGCCUCCAACAUCCACUUUAUGACACUAAGCGAGGUGGGGGGCAGGUAACAGAGACACAUCAGCAGCCCUCCACCCCACCAAAGACUGCCUGUUUCUACUCUUCUCUGAUUUGUUCUACUGUUUCUAUACUGUACCGAAAAAAGAAGACAACAAAGAGGAGCAACAAGAGAGACUGGGGGAAAAAAACUUCCAUAUGCCUUUAAUUGUGACAAAUGAUGGUAUUUUAUUAUUAUUAUUAUUAUUGUCCAGUUUCUCCAAUUUCUAACAGUGGCACAAGCAGUGUGGUUUGGCUGUGGCUUUGCUUUUUUUUUUCUGUUUUCCAACCGACUUGACUGACGGAUCGUCGCCGUUUCAACAUCACUUUGGACUCUGCUCUAUGUCACAAAGCUGAAGACUGUAGGAUGCCAGUGAAAAAAAAGAAACAAUCCUCUUCGUGACUCAAAUCAAAAGCUCUGGUUGCCAUUUGAGUUUUCCACAUGGUUUACCUCGGAUAUAACGUCGUUUACAUAUUGUGUAAGAGAGGCCUUGUCAGCUCUAACACUCCCCUUUAGAGAAGAAACCUCCUGUGGUUUCCGCCUCUGGUGUGCUCCAACAUUAGUUUGUAUGAGUGUGUAUAUGAAAAUGAAGAAUGUACAUAGCCAGUGCUUUCACACUGAAAAAAGUGCUCAACUGGAAGUUCUGUUGUUAAUAAGUGUGAGUAUUGUUAAUCAAUAGAAAAAACAGUUACAUUUUUGCAAAGAAUUAAUUAUAUACAUGGCUAUAGUAAAUAUUCUCGCUGAAAACUUUAUUGGGGUUACAACGCUGAUUAAAGUUACUAUGUGUGAA